GCGGUGGGCGGGGCCUGCCGCCGGCGUGGAUCCGUCGGUCGGACGGUAACUCGGCCUUUUUCGUCUCGCUGCUCUUGCUGUUGUUAAUGGAGAACAUCUCCGCUCGUUCCUGGAGUUUCCCGGUUCCUCCGCCCGUGGCUGCGGCGCUGCUCCGCCUCCAGCGCGGCUUCACGCAGCCGCUCGCCUCUUAGCUCGGCGGCUAACUUUUAGCUGUCAGAAGUUAGCUGACGUGACGUCACUGGGACUUACGCAACGCGAGAGGACGCAGGUGGAGAAAGAGGUGGAGAAAGAGGUGGAGAAAGAGGUGGAGAAUCUCUGAAAAGGCAGUGAGCGCUGUCACUUACUGAAGCAUGGAGCCGGGCUGUGGCUGUUCACUUCAAAGCUCCUCGUGUUGGAAAUGUUCAUGACUAAAAAAGUUUUUAACUUCAUUCACUUUGCUAUAAAAGAUGUCUCGGGAGCAGGCGAGUAUCCCUGAGCUCCUGCUCUCAUUGGACAGUUCAGAUCUGCAGGAGGCGGAGCUAGUGAGAGCAGCAGUUGACCAACAGCUGAAUUCAGACAGAGGAGGCAGUGUUCUCCAGUCUCUGGUGGAACACUACCUGGACACCUCGUCCCAUCAGGCAGUGCUCCUCCUCUCCUCCAUCAGGGAGCGCCACCAUAAACCUCUGCUGGAGAAGCUGAAUGAGAUUCUGGCCAGAACUGGAUCCAGACUGUCGGUUCUGACCCUGCUGAGCCACCUGGUCCAGAAACAGCCGCCGUGGGUUCACCUGGUCUGCCGCUCGCCACUGCUGCCAGCGCUGCUGCGCUGCCUCAAGACGGACAGUGACGUUGUGGUCCUGAUCACCGGGGUCCUGGUCCUGAUCACCCUCUUACCCAUGAUCCCUCAGGCCGGAAAACAGCACAUCUACGACUUCUUCGAUGUCUUCGGACGCCUCGCGUCCUGGACCUACAGGAACCCUGGUCAGGUUCCGGCGGUCCAGCUGGUCCAUCUGCAUGCGGCGGUGUACUCUCUGUUCCACCGACUGUACGGGAUGUUCCCCUGUAACUUCAUGUCCUACCUCAGACUGCACUACAGCAUGAAGGAGAACCUGGACACCUUCCAGGAGGUGGUGAAGCCGAUGCUGCAGCACGUCCGGGUUCACCCAGAACUGGUCACAGGAACCCAGGACUACGAGCUAGACCCGUCCAGGUGGCGCUGCUUCGAGGUCCACGACAUCGUCCUGGAGUGCUCGCGGGUUUCCCUGGACCCGCUGGAGUCGUCCUGCGAGGAGGACGCGUUGUCCUCCCCCAGACCUGGUCCUCAGCAGCACGUCCUCUGCAGUCUGCAGACCUCCACCCCCAUCCAGGCUGAUAUCAGUUGGAGCCCUUCCUCCCACUGUGGGCUGGAAACUCCUCCCCCUGACCCUGCAGGCUCCGCCCACCCACUGACCACGACCCCCCCCCUUGUCAGGUGCGCAGGUGUGACUCCUCCCACUGAGGACAGCAGCCAGGCACAGGGCUCCAUCACAUCCCCACUGACCAAGCUGCAGCCAAUCAGAGAGCAGGAUGGGUCUUCAGCCUUUCAGCCAAUCAGAGAGCAGGAUGGGCCUUCAGCCUUUCAGCCAAUCAGAGAGCAGGAUGGGCCUUCAGCCUUUCAGCCAAUCAGAGAGCAGGAGUUAGGAGCCCUGGAUGAUGUCAUCAGCAGUCCAGCCGAGCUGCCGCCACAUGAGGCUCCGCCCCCUCAGCCCUCUUGGACCCGCCCAUUCCCCGCCACCUCUUCAGGCUCCGCCCUCACCUUCGCUCCCACUGUCCUCCUUCCUCCCAGAGCGGAGGGGGACUGUGGCCCCGCCCCUCCGUACGAGCCGCUGCUGUCCCUCGCUCUGCGGCGGGACGCCGCGCUCUUCAGGACGAAGACCGAGGAGCCGGGGGAGGAGCCGGAGGAGGACCACGCCCUCGUCUCGCCCCUGAAGGUCCUCGACCAGCUGAUCGUCCACGGACACGAUGCUCACCACCGUCUCAGCCGCAGGUGGUCAGCAGGAAGUCGCUCUGGGGACCGCCGUCUCUCUGCAGGCCCCGCCCCCCAGGGGGAGGAGCUUCAGUCCCUCCGGAGUCAGCUCCUGCUGGUCCAUGCUCAGCUGCAGUAUGAGCGCUUCAAGAGGCAGCAGCACGCCGUCAGGAACCGCCGCCUGCUGCGCCGAGUCGUCAACGCCACGGCGCUGGAGGAGCAGGGCGCCGCCAUGAGAGCCCAGCUGUCCAUGCAGGAGGAGGAGCUCCGGUGUGUGAGGCGGAGUCUGCAGGAGGAGCAGAGGAGGUGCAGCCAGCUGCGAGACGACUCCUCCUCCCAGACACACACUCUGCACACACACACACAGCGCCUGCUGCUGCAGCUGCAGGAGGAGCAGAGGGAGAGCCAGAGGCUGCAGAGUGAACUGCAGGAGUGUGAGAGCAGGAUGAGGAACUUGGAGGCGGAGCUUCAGAAAGCCAGAAACAAGGCGCACAGUGCUGAGCAUCAGCUGAGUCAGCU